AUGGAAUCUCAUUACUAUAUUUCAGAUGAUAGAAACAGUAGAAACAACCCAUUUUCUCUCUUAACAAGGAAGAGAUGGAAAUCCAUAAAAAACAAAAUAUUGAAUCUUAAUUUGUCUGGUCCCUAUGAAAAUGUUCCCCGCCCAAUAAGAAGCCGAAUAUUUGGAUAUAAUUUUCACAGACGUUCUUCUUGUUUCCCAGCUGGAAGAGUUGAGCAAAUCGUUUAUUUAUCUGGAGAAAAUGACCGCGUCAUACUCGUAACAAACUCUAUGAUCAAACUGUAUGACUUGACAGAUUUUACUUUAAUCAAUGAAAAAAUGAUACCAGUAGAGAACACAAACGAUCGAAAUGCCAGACCACUUUACAAUCGACUAUCUUAUGCAGCAAAAAUGAAUGUUCUUAUUGGUUGGAAACCAGGUGGAAAUACUUUAUUUCCCCUGUCUUGCGAAAAUUUUCAAAAUAUUGGGUUCCCAUCUGCAACUAGAAAUCCUUUAAUUGGUUAUUCUCUAACCUUGAUUCGGGAAGUGUUGUUUCAUUGGAACUGA